AUGGGAAAAAUCAAGAUCGGAAUCAACGGUUUCGGAAGGAUCGGACGUUUGGUGGCUAGAGUAGCACUCCAGAGCGAUGACAUCGAACUCGUCGCCGUCAAUGAUCCGUUCAUCACCACCGACUACAUGACCUACAUGUUCAAGUAUGAUAGUGUCCAUGGUCAAUGGAAACAUCAUGAGCUCAAGGUUAAGGAUUCCAAGACACUUCUCUUUGGUGAGAGGCCUGUCUCCGUGUUUGGCUUCAGGAACCCUGAGGAGAUUCCAUGGGGUGAGGCUGGAGCUGACUUUGUUGUUGAAUCAACUGGAGUCUUCACUGAUAAGGACAAAGCUGCCGCUCACUUGAAGGUUCUGAAUGACAGGUUUGGCAUCGUUGAGGCUCUUAUGACAACUGUUCAUUCUAUAACUGCCACUCAAAAGACAGUGGAUGGUCCAUCAAUGAAGGAUUGGAGAGGUGGUAGAGCUGCUUCAUUUAACAUUAUUCCUAGCAGUACUGGGGCUGCAAAGGCUGUUGGCAAAGUUCUGCCAGCAUUGAAUGGGAAGCUUACUGGGAUGGCUUUCCGCGUUCCAACUGUUGAUGUCUCAGUGGUUGAUCUGACAGCAAGACUCGAAAAGUCUGCUACAUAUGAUGAAAUCAAAGCUGCCAUCAAGGAGGAGUCACAGGGCAGCCUGAAAGGAAUCCUGGGGUACACAGAGGAUGAUGUUGUGUCAACUGACUUUAUUGGGGACAGCAGGUCAAGCAUUUUUGACGCCAAGGCAGGAAUAGCCUUGAGUGGGACUUUCGUUAAGGUUGUCUCUUGGUACGACAAUGAAUGGGGUUACAGUAACCGGGUGAUUGAUUUGGUUCGACAUAUGGCAUCUGUCAACUAA